AUGAUCCCAGUGGCGGAGUUCAAGCAGUUCACAGAACAGCAGCCUGCAUUCAAGGUGCUGAAGCCCUGGUGGGAUGUGCUGGCUGAGUACCUUACUGUGGCCAUGCUCAUGAUCGGGGUCUUCGGGUGCACCCUUCAGGUGACACAGGACAAGAUCAUCUGCCUGCCCAGCCAUGAACCCCGAGAGAACUUAUCAGAGGCUCCUUGCCAGCAGCUGUUGCCUCAAGGGGUCUCUGAGCAGAUGGGGGGCCUCCGAGAGCUUAGUGGCCUCAAAAACAACCUAGAUCUCCAACAGUAUAGCUUUAUUAACCAGCUCUGCUAUGAGACAGCCCUUCACUGGUAUGCCAAGUACUUCCCCUACCUGGUGGUCAUUCAUACGCUCAUCUUCAUGGUCUGUACCAGCUUUUGGUUCAAAUUCCCUGGCACCAGCUCCAAGAUUGAACACUUCAUCUCCAUCCUGGGCAAGUGUUUUGAUUCCCCAUGGACCACUCGGGCCUUGUCUGAGGUAUCUGGAGAGAAUCACAAGGGCCCAGCUGCUGGACGGGCCAUGGUGACCACAGUAACCGCAACAGGGGCAGGAUCGGGAAAGGCAGGUGAAGGUGAGAAGGAGAAGGUGCUAGUUGAACCUGAAAAGGUGGUGACUGAGCCUCCAGUGGUCACCCUGCUGGACAAGAAGGAGGGUGAACAAGCUAAGGCCCUGUUUGAGAAGGUCAAGAAGUUCCGUGUGCAUGUGGAAGAGGGUGACAUCCUCUACUCUAUGUAUAUCCGGCAGACAGUGCUCAAAGUGUGUAAGUUUUUUGCCAUCCUGGUUUACAACCUGGUCUAUGUGGAGAAGAUAAGCUUUCUGGUGGCCUGCAGGGUGGAGACCUCAGAGGUCACAGGGUACGCCAGUUUCUGCUGCAACCACACCAAGGCCCACCUCUUCUCUAAGCUGGCCUUCUGCUACAUCUCCUUCGUGUGUGUUUAUGGCAUCACCUGCCUGUAUACGCUCUACUGGCUCUUCCAUAGGCCCCUCAAAGAGUACUCCUUCCGUUCUGUGCGUGAGGAGACAGGCAUGAAUGACAUCCCAGAUGUCAAGAACGACUUUGCCUUCAUGCUCCACCUCAUUGACCAGUAUGACUCCCUCUAUUCUAAACGGUUCGCCGUCUUCCUCUCUGAAGUCAGCGAAAGCCGCCUGAAGCAACUCAACCUCAACCACGAGUGGACACCUGAGAAGCUGAGGCAGAAGCUGCAGCGCAACACGCGUGGCCGGCUGGAGCUGGCCCUCUGCAUGCUCCCUGGACUGCCUGACACUGUCUUUGAGCUCAGUGAGCUGGAAGCGCUCAGACUUGAAGCCAUCUGUGACAUCUCCUUUCCCCCAGGGCUUUCCCAGCUUGUGAACCUUCAGGAGCUCAGCUUGCUUCACUCGCCAGCCAGGCUGCCCUUCUCUUCACAGAUCUUCCUGCGGGAUCGCCUGAAGGUGAUCUAUGUCAAAUUUGAAGAGCUCCGAGAGGUGCCCCUCUGGGUGUUUGGGCUUCGAGGCUUGGAGGAACUGCAUCUGGAAGGACUCUUUCCCCCAGAGAUGGCUCGGGCUGCCACCCUUGAGAGCCUCCGGGAGCUUAAGCAACUCAAAGUACUGUCUCUGCGUAGCAAUGCAGGGAAGGUGCCAGCCAGCGUGACUGAUGUGGCUGGACACCUUCAGCGACUCAGCCUGCACAAUGAUGGGGCUCGCUUGCUUGCCCUCAACAGCCUCAAGAAGCUGGCGGUGUUACGGGAGCUGGAGCUGGUGGCCUGUGGGCUCGAACGUAUCCCCCAUGCAAUCUUUAGCCUGGGGGCUCUGCAGGAACUUGACCUCAAGGACAACCACCUUAGGUCCAUUGAGGAAAUCCUCAGCUUCCAGCACUGUCGGAAGCUGGUCACUCUCAGGCUGUGGCACAACCAGAUAGCCUAUGUUCCUGAGCACGUGAGGAAGCUCCGUGGCCUGGAGCAGCUCUACCUCAGUCACAACAAGCUCGAGACUCUUCCUCCCCAGCUUGGCCAAUGCUUUGGCCUCCGCCUGCUGGACGUGUCCCACAAUGGGCUUCGUUCCCUGCCACCUGAGUUGGGCCUCCUCCAGAGCCUCCAGCAUCUAGCUCUCUCCUACAAUGCACUAGAGAGCCUGCCUGAUGAAUUAUUCUUCUGCCAGAAGCUGCGGACAUUGCUCUUGGGCUACAACCACCUAACUCAGCUUUCACCUCGUGUGGCCACCCUCCGAACCCUUAGCCGUCUGGAGCUCAAGGGUAACCGGUUGGAGGCUCUGCCAGAAGAACUCGGUGACUGCAAGGGGCUGAAGAAGUCAGGGCUGCUGGUGGAGGACACCCUUUACGAGGGACUGCCUGCAGAGGUUCGGGAGAAGAUGGAGGAGGAAUGA